GCGGGAGCGAAGGCGCGGGGCCGCGGGCGGAGCCUGUUCCGGGAUGGCGGGUGACUCGCCGCGCUUCCUGCGGGCGCUGCGGGCCGAGAGCGGACCCGAGGCGGUGCGGACGCGGGUGCAGGAGCAGGACUUACAGCAGUGGGGCCUGACGGGCGUUCGUCUACGCUCUUAUCAACUGGAGGGAGUCAAUUGGCUAGCCCAGUGCUUCCAUUACCAAAAUGGCUGUAUCCUGGGGGAUGAGAUGGGCCUGGGGAAGACCUGCCAGACUAUCGCUCUCCUCGUUUACUUGGUGGGAAGGCUGAAUGAUGAAGGGCCCUUUCUGAUUCUUUGUCCCUUGUCUGUUUUGAGCAACUGGAAAGAAGAGAUGGAGAGAUUUGCUCCGGGUCUUUCCUGUGUGACAUACACGGGUGACAAGGAGGAAAGAGCCCACCUUCAGCGAGACCUACAACAGGGGACUGGCUUUCACGUGCUGCUGACUACCUACGAGAUUUGCUUGAAGGAUGCCUCAUUUCUGAAAUCCUUCUCUUGGAGUGUUCUUGCUGUGGACGAAGCUCAUAGAUUGAAAAACCAGAACUCCCUGCUGCACAGGACACUUUCAGAGUUCUCAGUGGUCUUCCGUCUCCUGCUCACCGGAACUCCCAUCCAGAACAACCUCCAGGAGCUCUACUCCCUCCUCAGUGUCGUGGAGCCCGAUCUCUUCUGCAGGGAGCAGGUGGAAGAUUUUGUUCAGCGUUACCAGGACAUUGAAAAGGAGUCCAAAUCAGCAAGUGAGCUACACAGACUCUUGCAGCCAUUUCUCCUGAGGCGAGUGAAAGCUCAGGUAGCCACAGAGCUUCCCAAGAAGACAGAGGUGAUGAUAUACCAUGGCAUGUCAGCACUACAGAAAAAGUACUACAAGGCCAUCUUGAUGAAAGACCUAGAUGCCUUUGAGAAUGAGACGGCCAAGAGGGUCACCCUCCAGAACGUCCUCACGCAGCUUCGGAAGUGUGUGGACCACCCGUAUCUGUUCGACGGUGUGGAACCAGAGCCCUUUGAAGUCGGAGAGCACCUGAUCGAGGCCAGUGGGAAACUUCACCUGCUGGACAGGCUGCUGGCAUUUCUGUACUCCGGGGGCCAUCGGGUUUUACUUUUCUCCCAAAUGACCCAGAUGUUGGAUAUUCUGCAAGACUAUAUGGAUUACAGAGGCUACAGCUACGAGCGUGUGGAUGGCUCUGUGAGAGGAGAAGAGAGGCACCUGGCCAUUAAGAACUUUGGGAAGCAGCCCAUUUUUGUUUUUCUCCUGAGCACCCGAGCAGGUGGAGUGGGCAUGAACUUGACGGCAGCAGAUACCGUUAUUUUUGUUGACAGUGACUUUAAUCCUCAGAAUGACUUGCAGGCGGCUGCCAGAGCUCACCGAAUUGGCCAGAACAAGUCUGUUAAAGUCAUUCGUUUGAUUGGCCGAGACACCGUGGAAGAAAUCGUGUAUAGGAAGGCAGCCUCCAAACUGCAGCUGACCAACAUGGUCAUGGAAGGCGGCCAUUUCACCCUGGGGGCCCAGAGACCGUCCGCUGAGGCCGACUUCCAGUUGAGUGAGAUACUUAAAUUCGGCUUGGAUAAACUGCUGUCCUCAGAGGGGAGCACCGUGGAUGAAGUAGACCUGGAGUCCAUCCUGGGAGAAACCAGAGAUGGCCAGUGGGUCUCUGAUGCUUUGCCUGCAGCGCAGCAGCAGGAGGGAGGAAGCGGAGAACAGGAAGAAGGAAAAGACCAUAUGUACUUAUUUGAAGGUAAAGAUUAUUCUAAAGAGCCCAGCAAGGAAGACAGAACGUCAUUUGAACAGCUGGUGAAUCUUCAGAAAACUCUUCUAGAGAAACCGAGUCACGGGGGCCGCUCCCUCCGAAAUAAAGGCAGCGUUCUAAUCCCAGGCCUGGCCGAAGGGCCCCUCAAAAGGAAGAAGAUUCUGAGCCCGGAAGAGCUGGAGGACAGGCAGAAGAAAAGACAGGAGGCAGCAGCCAAGAGAAAGAGACUAAUGGAGGAGAGGAAGAAGGCAAGGGAGGAGGCUGAACACAGGAGGAAGAUGGCCUGGUGGGAAUCCAACAGCUACCAGUCCUGCUGCCUGCCCUCGGAGGACAGCGAGCUGGAGGACCUUGAGGAUGGAGAAGACGAGACUUGUGGCCAGCUAGAUGCUGAAGACCCAGACUCAACCUCCAUCAAGUAUGUUAGCGGCGACGUCACCCACCCACAGGCUGGCGCAGAGGAUGCUGUCAUUGUGCACUGUGUAGAUGAUUCUGGCCGCUGGGGCAGAGGUGGCUUAUUCACAGCUCUGGAAGCACGAUCCGCCGAGCCAAGGAAAGUGUAUGAGCUGGCUGGGAAAAUGAAAGACUUGAGUUUGGGAGGUGUCCUUUUAUUUCCUAUUGAUGAUAAAGAGUCACGAGGCAAAGGACAAGAUUUGUUGGCCUUGAUGGUGGCUCAGCACCGCGAUCGCGCCAAUGUCCUGUCUGGCAUCAAGAUGGCGGCCCUAGAAGAGGGCCUCAAGAAGGUGUUUUUAGCAGCAAAGAAGAAGAAAGCAAGUGUUCAUCUUCCACGCAUUGGACAUGCUACAAAGGGUUUUAACUGGUACGGCACUGAAAGACUUAUUCGGAAACAUUUGGCCGCAAGAGGCAUCCCAACUUACAUAUACUACUUCCCUAGAAGCAAGGCUGCUGCCUGCCAUUCACAGUCUGCAUCCCCCUCCUCAGCACCGCCGGUUCCGUGACAGUCAGCCCCGCAUUGGAUCCAGUUUUCAGCAACCAGCUAGUAAAUUCAUGCCCCAGAGUGACUGUUAGUUUUCAGGAACCAAGGCUGUCCUCGGCUGGGUUCCCUGCUCUGGAACCCUGAGAUGGUCUUUUCUGAAUUCUUAUUUUGUUCCCCUGGAAUUGUUACUGUGAUCCAGUACCUGUAAUACAGGAAUGCACAGCUUAUUUGGGGAAGCCCGUUGACUUCAGAUUGCAUAACUCUGUAUAAUAAUAAAUUUUCUAUCAUUAAUAGUUACAUUGGUUCCCCCCCCCUGGAUUUAGUUUUCUUACCCUCCACCAGACUGAUUUAUAAAAGGAAGGGCUGGCUGUGUGGUUAAGAACCGAGUAAUGACAGGACAGGGCAGCCCUGGGGGAAAGAAACCACUUCAGCCAACUCAGGCCUUCAGAGACAACAGUGGGGUGAGGACGGGCUCCUCACCCCUACCAGAGGCAUUCUCCUGCUCUUCUUUGCACUGCUCAGUAGAGGGCUCUUGACGAAAGCCCAUUGGCCUUGGGGCCUGUCCAGUGUGACUAUAGAACACCCUGAGGAUAUCCUUCCCUCUGCCUCCAAAUCCAGUGCUGUUUCAGUGUGCAGCUGAUCGCUGGCACCGCAUGACCUGGGAAUGGUACUGGAGAAGGCCUGGGCCGGAGAACCACUGGAACAGGAAUCCUGGAGGGAAGGCCACGUCAGCUGUGGUUCACCACACCUUACAUGUGAAGUCUCGGCCUCGGACAGCUGUCUUCAAGCUAAGAAUGGACUCACGCUAGGUGUCCGGAAGUGAAUGGGUGAAGAAAAUGUGGUACAUUACAUGAAUAGAACAUUAUUCAGCCAUAAAGAAGAAUGAAAUUUUACCAUUUUCUGCAGAGUGGAUGGAACUGGAGAUCAUUGUAGUACAUAAACAGUACCCAAGAAGAUAAGCAGCGCAUUGUUCUCUGUCAGGGUAGAAGCUACAGAACACCAGUCUAAAAGUAGAAGAGUGUUUACAGACAUGAGGGUAUAUGCAGCUAAAUUUGGUCAGUACACCCAACAUACAUGUAUGUAAAAGCACACUGAAUCCCGCUAACAUGUCAGCUAAUGUGUGUUGCAUUAAAAACAAAACAAAACAAAACAACAAAAUACCUCUAUGUAUUUCUCAUAAAUGUAAGAAAGACCACCUACCCAAAUUAUGGCCAAAUCAAAUCAAGUUUUAUUUGUGUACAUAGGAGCUGGCCAGUGGUUGUCUCCCCUAAGAAGAUGGAUGGAGUUCAAGAGAUGAGCCAGUUUCUCAAACCCCUUUUAUAGGGUAACACUGCAGGGUGGGGGAUUUUGUAAGCAAGGUGGUUACAGAAGCAAGACCAGGCAGUUAGGAAAGUCUCUCCUGGUAUAAUGGGUAUAGAGUGUGUCUGGGAACAGAUGGUCCUGGGGAGUGGAUUUAUAGUCACACUGCCGGCUCAAAGUAGGUCAGACUCCAGGAAACAGAAACCUAAGUGAGCUAGAGUAUCAAAAUGCUCCUGACUACAGCAGAGACAGGCUGGUUCUCGUCUUUCUUGUAGGGCUCCUGACUACAGCAUGGAGACAGGCUGGUUCUCGGGAUGCCUUGUCAGUAUAUAAUAAGCACAUCAGUAUAGCAACUAGUUCCUUGCUUAGGAACUAAGGACUUUGGAAAAGAUCCUCAUUCAUUCAUUUUCCAUAUCACACGAAACCGUUUGAGACACCCAGAUGUUUGUUGAAUUAUUAUGGAAAUGAUCACAUGUAUGAGAAAAGUAUUAGACAUCUGCCAUGACUAA